AUGUCCACCCUCCCGAUAGUCAGAAAAUUGUCACAAGGCAAAGAAUUCACUAUUUUUGCAGAUGGGCCAAUUACAAUUACUGUGGCAUUGGCGUCAAUCAUGCUUCCCAUGCGUGGGCGGAGGGCAAUGCUCAACAUUCAGGGUGCGUCUUUCAACUCCAGGGUCCCAGCUGGAUCUAACAUUGAUGUUGUACUCUUCAGUGAUACGCCUCGACGGUCUGCAUUAGAAUCGGUCGUUGCACAGCAAAGUGCCAAACCUCCGGGUCAAAAUAUAUCUCGGCGAUAUUCCUCGAGCUCGAGAGACGCAUCCCAUCAUCCAACAGCAGAUGUGUCCACAAUCGUUUCGAUCAAGCUCCUGCAUAAAUCAGUAAUCCCAUUUCGAGAUGAUGUCUGCAUCGGUUCAAUUGACAUCGAGGCCAGCAAGUUAUCCGGAAGAUGUAUGAAUGGGCCGAGUGGGGUUUUAUUUAUCCUUUCAUCCAUGCUUGCUUACCACGAGUUGAUCCCAGCUCACCUUCCCCUCGAUGCAACUGUGUGCGGAUACAAGGCAGUAGCUGAAGUCCAGUUUAGGGAGCCUCUUAUGGAGCCACUGAAAGCGACAAAAGACAAAGUGGACGGUCCAAUUGUCAUUAUUCUUGAUGCAUUGGAUGACGACGAGUUCGGAAAGCUGCCUUCGAAUUUCCAAUUCUUCAUUACAAGCAGACCAGAGGACGAUAUCAUCACAGCGUUGUCAGACCGACCAAAUUCAGCAUACGAGAUUAAUUUGGAUGCUAGAUAUGCUGAUAGCAAGCGCGACGUUCUUCGAUACAUCGACUACAAGAUGUCCAGGAUCAUCGAAAAUUCACUGAUCAUUAUUCCAGAUAUUUGGCGGUUGUUCAUAUGGGCAUCGACGGCCGUCAAGAUCGUGUCAGAGAGUUCGAGUAAAUUUCGAAAACUAAACGAACUCGUCAAUACGUCCGAUCGACUAAAGGGCCUUGUCAAGUUGUAUGCGUCAGCCUUGAGAGAUUCUGGAGUCAUUACGAUGAGUGAUAAGGUGUUUGAUUUGUUGGAGUGA